AUGUAUCUGGCUCCUCCUCCCUUCCAUGCGGCCGGUCCGGCCUACCUACACUUCAUCAUCUUGCCUAUCGGUGUCAGCCUCGUCCUGCCAAUAUCCGGUGGGUUUCCCACUGCAGCCGCCUGGUCGAAGCGAGAAAACGUACCCCCUUCCGAGACCGCCUUGAUUGUGCCGUCGAUCGUUCAGGAACUGGCACAGAGCCCGGACCUCCUGGACCUCUGUAGCAAACAUCUAACACAUCUCAUCUACUGCGGGGGGACCUCCCUCAGCCCGAUCGGCGACACAGUAGCUGCAAAGAUCAAGUUAAUGAAUCAGUAUGGUGUGUCUGAGGUCGGGAUGAUCCUUUCUAUCUACUCCAAAACCAAUUGUGAUCCCCUUAAGGACUGGCGUUUUAUCGAUUUUCACCCCCGCAUGGGAGUCGAACUUCAUAAUAUCGCCGGGGAGGAGUAUGAGAUGGUUAUAGCCGUAGCCCUGAAGCCCUACCUCUGGCGCUGGUGCGGUCGUGCAGACGACGUGAUUGUGUUCCUCAACGGUGAGAAAACCAAUCCAGUGUCAAUGGAACAGCACAUCAUCGCGUGUAAUCCAGAUGUCACUACAGCGCUUGUGGCCGGCUCACAGCGCUUCCAAGCAUCUCUCCUAGUAGAAGUGAAUGGAAAGGAUCUCAGCGUGGCUAAUGCGGUUUGUCCCGCGCAUGCGCGUGUGGCCAAGACCCAUAUUCAAUUCACGCCAUCGAAUAAGCCCAUGCUUCGAGCCGGUAAGGGAACGAUUCAGCGAGCUGGCACGCUGGCACAGUACACUCCGGGGUUGGAUGCCCUGUAUAUCGAUGCGGACAAGCUGGCACAAAAUGACGGUGAACAGCUUGGACCUGGAUGCACCGAAGAUCCUAAGCUUAUCUCGGACUAUAUCCGACAAUCCAUCCUUACCAUUACUGGGUGGAAUGCGAACAAGCUGACAGACAUGGAGAAUUGGUUCAAUCUCGGACUGGACUCCCUGCAAAGAAUCACUGCCACUCGCAUUUUCAAGCGUGGGCUUGACUCCCCUACCCUCACCCCAAACUUAAUCUAUCUCCAUCCAACAGUGAUAGGUCUGACGCAAGCGGUUCUACACCUUCAGCAGCACCAGGAGGCGUCCACAGAGGCUCAGAAGGAGGCUCAAUUACAAGACCGAGACCAGCUGCUGCAGGAGCUCAUCGGACAGCCGGCCAUCGGCACCGCUCCUACCAAGUCCCCCAUGGCCCAUACUGUUUUACUCAAUGGCUCGACGGGCAAUUUGGGCGCCUACAUGCUUGAUACACUAUUAAGGAACCCAACAGUGAGGCAUGUACAUUGUCUUAGUCGGAAGGAUGAUGCGAUCGACGUGCAGCGUAAGAAGAGCGAAGCCUACAAUUUAAACUUAGAUAUGUCGCGCGUGAGUUUUUGGGCUGCAGACCUCUCGCAGCCAGAUUUCCGGCUUCAGUCCGAUAUUUAUCAGAUGCUACAGUCAACAACUACCCGAGUAAUCCAUAAUUCCUGGGCCGCUAAUUUCAACCUCUCCUUGGCUUCCUUCAAGCCUAACUUGGUGGGAGUAGUGAAUCUGAUUAACUUCGCCCACAACGCCACCCAGUCCCCGCAUCUUUUCUUCAUCUCUUCCAUUAGCUCCACUAUGGGCUACCACACUGGCAAUGGCUUAACGCCGGAGGAGUUGAUCACAACUACCACCCCGGCUCCUAACGACUACGCCAACAGCAAAUACCUCGCAGAACAUCUUCUCGCCCAAGCUGCUAAACAGAGCUUCUUGCGUGCUUCUUUCGCCCGUGUAGGCCAGAUCGCGGGGCCCGUGCGGUCUCGUGGCUUGUGGAAGAAGGCAGAGUGGUUUCCCAGUCUUGUCCUGAGCUCCUUGCACGUUGGUGCUCUCCCCGACACCCUCGGGCCAGCCCUCGACCGCAUUGGCUGGGUACCAAUCGACCUUUUGGCCGAGGUAUUAGUCGAUUUGGCUCUAAACAAGGACAAGGCAACCAAUGAAUCUGUCAGUGUUUUUCAUCCGGUAACCCUGCACCCCCUGACCUGGGAAGCAAUCCGGCCCAUCGUGGCAAAUGCUCUCCUCAAAGCGUCCGUGAAAACAGCUGAAACUAUUCCCUUUGGAGACUGGGUCCAGCAAAUUCGGCAGGACAUUGAGACAGCGGGUACUGGCGACAAGGCCCUUAGCAACAAGGAGCUACAGGCGCUCGUAGCUAAAAACCCUGCCGUCAAGCUGCUUGAAUUCUUCGAGGAUAUCAUGUCCAAGUCUACGCCGGAGAACGUGCUGGAUACGCAACUCACCGCGCAGCGCAGUGAGAAAUUGCAAGCCGUGGAGGCUGUCAAGCCGGAAUGGAUCCAGAAGUGGGUUGGGGAGUGGGCUCAGUGA